AGGAGGAAAAGGAAGAGUGGGAUGGUCCCUGGCCAUAUUCUAGACAACAGAGUCGUGCCAGUUUGGGCUCCACACAGAGAUUGGCCACAUGUUCAUUAAAAGCUACUUUAUUCGCAAGUUCACAAAUAAAUAAAUAAGAUACUCCACAAAUAAACACCAACCCUUGAGGCAUAAGAUAGAGAAGGAUGCAGCGUCCAGUGAUGCUUGUUUUGGUGGCACUAGUGCACUUUGCUGUUGUUCUAGUGUUUGGUGCCAAUGAUGAUGAUUUGAGCAGAAAGGACUUCCCUGCUGCUUUCGUUUUCGGCUCCGGUUCUUCUGCUUAUCAAGUUGAAGGGGCCGCACUUGAAGAUGGACGCAUGCCUAGCAUUUGGGACACUUUCUCUCAUGCUGGUGCAUACAAUGGAGCCAAUGGAGAUGUAGCCGUCGAUGCAUACCACAAAUACAAGGAAGAUGUACAACUCAUGGUAGACACUGGAUUAGAAGCCUACAGAUUUUCCAUUUCGUGGUCGAGACUUAUUCCUAAUGGAAAGGGACCCGUCAAUCCAAAGGGAUUGCAGUUUUACAAUAAUCUCAUCAAUGAACUCGUCAGUCAUGGAAUCCAACCACAUGUUACACUAUGUCACGAUGAUGUACCACAAGUACUUGAAGAUGAAUACGGUGGAUGGCUAAGUCAAAAUAUAAUCAAGGACUUCACUGCUUAUGCGGAUGUUUGCUUCAAGGAAUUUGGUGAUAGGGUUUUGCACUGGAUUACUGUGAAUGAGGCCAACGUAUUCGCUUUGGGUGGUUAUGAUAUAGGAUUUACACCCCCAGGGCGUUGUUCCCCACCUUUUGGAAUUGGACCUUGCUCUAGAGGCAACUCCUCAACCGAGCCAUACGUAGCAGCUCACAAUAUGCUGCUUACUCAUUCAUCUGUUUUCAGAUUGUACAAGAGAAAUUACAAGUCGACUCAACAUGGUUUUGUUGGAUUAAAUCUCUUUUCAUAUCGGUUUAUUCCUCAUACAAAUGCAACAGCUGAUAAAGUUGCAGCUCUGCGAGCUUAUGAAUUCUACCUUGGUUGGUUUACCAGUCCUUUGAUAUUUGGAGACUAUCCUGUCACAAUGAAGAGGAGGGUCGGCUCGAGGAUGCCCAUCUUUACCAGAGAAGAAUCUAAGCAAGUUAAGGGUGCUAUUGAAUUCAUAGGCCUAAACCAUUAUAAUACAUUGGGUGUUAAAGACUGGCCCGAUGCCCUUGAAAGAGAUCUUAGGGACUUCAUUGCCGAUUCAGGAGCACAUACUGUAUUUGAGCAAGCUAGUGAUACACCAAAAGGCGAGUUUCCAGUGACACAACCGGGUCUCCAAGCUGUAUUGGAGCACCUUAAGAAAACUUGUGGCAACCUACCAAUUUACAUUCAUGAAAACGGUCAGAUGACACCACGAAACGCGACACUAAAUGAUACGAGUAGAGUAGAAUAUAUGCAUGUUUAUAUCAGGAAUUUGCUUGAUGCUGUGAGGAAUGGAUCAAAUGUCAGAGGCUACUUCUCAUGGUCUUUCUUGGAUGGUUUGGAGUUAUUGGAUGGAUAUAAAUCAGGGUUUGGCCUAUACUACGUGGAUUUGGACGACAAAAAUUUGAGAAGAUAUCCAAAGCUUUCUCAACAUUGGUACUCCAAUUUCUUAAAGGGAAAAUGUUGCAAAUCUUCUGUAGAUCUUGUAAUUGCAGACAAAGUAUCUUCUUCUUCUCAAUCUGCAUUUUCUUCAUGAGUACAUCGUGG